AUGCCAGCGUCUCGAGGCACUUUGUACUUCCGACCAGGCGAGACUGGACCCAGGACCCGCUUUGACCAAGCCUUUAGCUUCAUGCAUCCUCCCUCUUGGUGGCUCCAUGCUUCUGUGGAGUGUUUGCCCCCAGCUGCCGAGGUUGCCAAGGAGCUUUUUGGCAGCCUUGGCAGUAUGGCAGACCAGAGUGGCUUGAAGAAGGAACUUUUGGAGCAUGCACAGGGCAGAGCUACAAUGCGGCUCCAUGAAGAUGCACCCCAUCUGGGAGCAGUGCGGUCGGAUGAUUUCCAGGAGAAGACCUGCUGCAAAUUUGCGGAGUGUCUUUGUGGCGAGAACAUUGCAGCUGCCAGGUUUCAUGCCAACUUCAUCGCGUUAUUUCGUCCCUUCUUACGGACAAGACUGAUUGCGAAGUCUGCUGCUGCGAAAGCCAAAGCCAGCUCACAGCCUGGUGGGAAAAAAUCCAUGAAGCCUGUUCCUCGACAGCUCAUGGAGCAAGGCUUCCUGGUCAUCAAGUUCACCAAGCUGCCUCCAGAGAAGGCAGCUGUGCGGCCAGAUGUUUCUGUCAACUGGGAGCAAGUGAGUGAAGAGCACUUGGGUGCACUUCAGAUUGAGGCUACAAGGCACCCCUUCGAUGAUGUGCCUCCUCACGUGGAGGAAGCCAUUUGGGCGCAUGUUGGAUUUGCACACUACCGCGAUUGGCACCUCACCUUGAUGCUCUUGCAGGAAGACAAUUCCACAAGUGCUUUCACUGAGUCUGGGGAGCCUUUGACGGUUUUGCAGGUUCCAGAGACGCCUGUGUUUCUGAAUGACACCGUGGCUUUCAAGCGCUACUUCGAUCUGGAGUCGUCUUGGAAAGCAUCCUUCCAUGUGAUCUACGUGAAUGACGAGAUGUUGUCAGAGAUGGAAGUGGCCCCUUGUGUCAUCGAGGUUCUUCGGUUGGCGUCUGUGCCAGAGUUGGUGGUGUGGAAGGCUUGUGUGU